AUGUCGGCAAACGGUUGGAGAAGUAAAUCUUGCGAAAUUUAUCGAUGUUGGAAUGAAUAUCUUACAAUCUCAUAUCCGAUUCGGAAUGGAAGUGAAAUCAAAAGUACUCUUACUCAUAAUCACGUUCGUGAGUGCAGUUGGAAUAUGGAAAUCGGUAGUAGUUACUCAUGUUUCUAUCAGCAACUACGCGUCAAUUUAAUUGAAUGGCAUCUACCAGCUGAACAAAUUUAUUUCAUUUUACUUUUUAUAUCUUUCUUCCUCUUUGGUAUUAUACUCAUAUCAUGUUUAUUUUUCAAAUGGAGACUCGUACGUAGAAAAACGAAAUCCAACUUUUCUCAUUUUAUCCAACACGAUUCGGCUGUAUUCGAACAAAAUGACCAAUUGAACUCUGGUCAAAGCUUAAUGGAUUGA